GUUCAACAAGUCUAGCAAACGGAGCAGUAGCUGAACCCCAGUGACAAAAGCCCAAGGAAACCAACAAGUUUAUCCCUCGAAAUCUUUGUGGAAACAUCCAUAUCUUAAAUCUAUCAGCAUGUCCUUCGCACAGUUCUUUGUCGCCUGCUGCCUGGCCGUUAUCCUGCUGGCCGUGGCUAACACACAAGCAGCCAGCCAGCCACCGGCAUUGUGCGCGGCCGGCAUUGUCGAGGAGAUGCCUCCGCACAUUAAGAAGGUGUGCCAGGCGUUGGAGAACUCGGUACAAUUGUCCUCGGCCCUCAACUCCUACAUCAACAAUGAGGCCUCCGCCUUGGUUGCCAACUCAGACGAUCUGCUGAAGAACUACAACAAGCGUACGGACGUCGAUCACGUCUUCCUGCGUUUCGGCAAACGUCGUUAAGGAUAUUUACCCCCCAAAAAGGACACUAUCGCAAGCCCAUUUUGAUCCCUCGAUGACACAGGACCUUGACCAACGAGCGGCGAAAUCGUUUCUGUUCCACACACACACAGCUCAACACACUUUUUGAAGUAUUCAGCAUAAUUAUGUAAAUGUAAUCAAUGGAAAAACUCAGAACUAUAAUCAAUUGGAAGCUCUCUAGUUCAUUAAAUAGCAAAUCGAUGUGUCCAAUGUUUCUAUAAAAAGUCACAUACAUGUACAUACUCAAAGACCCCCGAAACGUUCUGCACAAAGUUAAUACCUUUUCUUUAAACAUUUUCUUUCUUUCCUACUUUUUGACUUUAUUAAUGUUAUACAAAUAAACAUUUAGUAAACUUAA